CACGACAGAUCGUCUGCUCAGCUUGGCUCCCAUGUGGUUUUCUGAACUACUUAAGGUAAUUGCUGGAUGCAAAUGUGCAAAUUUUCACAAAUUACGCGAAUUAGGCAGCCGUUGAAGGGGUAUAAAUAGGCUGCGAGUGCACGCGUGGCACUUCAUUGUGGCAGUCAUGUGGUCGUCUUCGCGCGUUCGGAUAUUCGGAGCCCUCUUGCUGGUGGUGCUGUUGCUGGACUGGUCGCUGGCUCAGUCGCAGCAAUCGAAGGAUGCCCAGAGCUUGGAGGAGUUCCGGCAGCGAUAUCUGCUGCCGCUGCUCUCGGCUGGCACUCGCAACUGCACGCUGAAUGCCUGCGAGACGCUGAGGAUCAUUUCGCAGCUGCUGCUGCUCGUUAGGGCGUUGCCCAAUGGCACGCUGAGCUCCAGUCCGGAGGCUGCACGACGAACUAGGCCGGGUGGCCAGAGCAGAGAGUCGUCGGCGAGCGGAGAUGUGAGCUCCAUCUUCAAUCUGUCGGAGUUCGAUAAGCGAGUCAGGCAAAUCGAGAGCCGGCUGCGCUCCGUGGAGCAGCCCAUCUGGCACCUGGCCAGUGGCAGCGAGCUGGAGUGGAACCACUGCACCUCAGGCGUCUGUCGCUGCAAUCCGGACACCAAGAGCUUCACCUGCUGGAACACGAACCUGAAGACGGUGCCCGUCAGCCAGGUGAUACCCAUGAACAUGGUGGCCAUCGAUCUCUCGCGCAACGCGCUCUCCACCCUGCACAAGGACACGUUCCGUGGCCUCACCUUGCUCAAGCAGCUGGACAUAUCGAACAACGUGCUCGACUUUCUGCCCUUCGAUCUCUUUCAGGAUUUGGAUAGCCUACUACAGCUUCGCAUUCAGAACAACCAGCUGGAGGACAUCGAUCCACGGACUUUCUGGAAGCUGCGCAAUCUGAAUCUGUUGGAUUUGAAUAAGAACGAGAUCAGUUUCUUGCCCGAGUCGCUGUUCUAUCACGCCCAACGGCUGACCGUCAUCAAUCUGUGCGACAAUCAGAUCAAGAACUUCCCGCCCAAUCUGCUGCGGGACCAGCUGAUGCUCGAGGAGCUGGACAUGUCGCGCAACAGGAUCGAGCAGCUCGUCUCGGGCAGCAUGCGUUACCAGACCAAGCUGAAGGCCCUGGACUUUGGCUUGAAUCAAAUCGCCAAGAUUGAGGACGACUUCUUUGAGGGCCUGAAGAGUCUGCGCACCUUGAUGCUGCACAACAAUCGCAUCACGUCCAUCUCGGGCACCAUAUUCAACAAUCUGGUCAGUCUGGUCACGCUCGACUUGACCAUGAACCGCAUCAGUCAUAUUGAUGGCCAUGCCUUUGCGGAGCUGAAGAACCUGAACGAGCUGCUGCUCGGCCAGAACUCGCUGUGCAGCAUACCGUCGGGCCUCUUCCUGCAGGUGAGCGCCCUCACGCGACUGACGCUCUUCUCGAACAACCUGACAACGCUGGAGGCCAACGACUUCCAAGGCCUGGCCAGCCUGCAAAUCCUGAUGCUGAACAACAACGUACUGAAGCACUUCGAUGCCCGCGCCUUCGGGCCGCUCACUCAACUGCAGAAGCUUCGCAUCGACUCCAAUAAGCUCAUGUAUCUGCCGCAUGGCGCUCUGCACGGCCUGGACAAGCUGGUGGCUGUUAAGCUGGACAAGAACCCGUGGCACUGCGACUGCCGCGCCCUGUACUUGGCCCGCUGGAUACGCGAGUUCGUGGUCAAGCUCUGGGACGGCCAGCAGCCCAUGUGCCGCGGCCCAGGCGACCUGGGCGGCCACGAGGUGGGCCUGCUGCGCUACGACGAUCUCUGCGACGGGCAGUGGGCGAGCAUGCUGUCGCUGUCGCCGCGUCUUCCGGUGCGCACCCAUCGCAUUUCCACACCGAUGAACUAUACCGACUAUUUCAAUUUGUACUUGAAGCAUAUCUAUAACGCCACCACGGACGAGCAGCUCAAGGAGGCCGAGAUAACCAGUGUGGCCAUCAAGAAGGUGCACGUCGACUAAGGCGUCUCGAUUUCCUAGAUUUCCUAGACUUCCUAGACUUCCUAGACUUCUCCUCUAUCUGUCUGCCUUGCCUUAGCAUAUCUAUUCAGCAUAUUGAUUUUAAAGUGAGCUGCAGCAACUGCAGCUAAAACGAGCUCUGUAUCUUUUAGUUGCCUUUUGGCAUUCACUCUCAUUCCUUGCUUCAUCAGCUCAGACCUUCCCCAACAGUCAGGUCAACUUCAUAGUCAGCCAAAACCUGGACAUAACUCAUUAAAGCUGUAGUCUGAGUAAGUAUUUUACAUGUGUAAGGCGCUAGCUCUAUCCCUAAGCAAUGCAGCUCCGACAGUUCGUUAGGCUUUGUGCCUCAAAGUCUAACUAAGCUCUAAGAUCUCACAGUCUUUAGCUUUAUACAUAUUUAUAUAUACUCAUAUGUGUCCAUGGGUAAUUCAUCCAGACAUAGCUGUAACCAGUUUCCAUUAGCCAUUUCCCUGCUGUCUCUUAAAUAUUAUGGCCAUAAUUGUUGUCCCUGUCGGUUGGCACUUGCUGCCUCUGCCUCUGCCUCAGCCUCGGCCUCUGCCCGUUUUCUAUUAGUUCUCAGCCACAUGGGCAAAUACCUUCAUGGCUAGCUGGCUGUGCUUCAAAGCAACUGCACUCUGUGUGAUAGCCAGCUCGCUCUGCCCCUGCUCCCUGCCUUCGUGCCUUUCGCUCUCACAAAUUACGGCCAUGUCUCGCGUUUCGGUUUUUGCCUAUGUGUCUGCGUCUAGGACAAGCUUUUUACCUAACCAAUUUAUUGCUUCCGUUGGCGUGCCCACUCCCUAUCUCAUGCCCUUCGAUAUCACUGCUCCUUGGCUCACCUAGCCGUGGCAGUUUUUGCCGUUGUCCUUGCAAUUUCCAUGUGUUGACAUUGCCCACGCUCUUCGUUUUCCCGUUUUCCCAUUUUCCCAUUUGCCCAUUCACUUUCCCCGCUUUUUGUCGCUGACCCUGCCCCGUGCUAGCGUCUCUGCCUAUCUGCUGGCUGUUUCCUGUUUCCGUCUAUUGCUGGUCGCCUCCCUGCGGGCGUGGCAGUGGGCGGCGGCUGACUCGCAUGCAGACAACAAAUGCAUUUUAUGCGAAAUUUGCAAGGCAAAUAUUAAAAAUUGAAUGCCGACAUUGUUGUUGUAAUACACUGUACGCGCCUGCAGUGGGGCAUAUUAGUUCUGCGUGCUUAAAUGCGAGCAAUAGCUGAAAGCUGUGCACACAUACUCUGCGUUAGGCGAGUCUACUGAGUGUGGCUCUAGGUCUUCCUACUGCUCUCCCUCACUCUCUUUGAGAGGUUUUCCUACAGUUCAUAAAGUCAGCUUCGACUUGUAAGAGAUGUUCAGACUCUCAUCUCCUCUUGGGGUGCCUACAUUCCUCCUCCACCUCUCCUCUACACAUUCUUCAUGGAGUCUAGCGGAAAGGCAGCUGCAGAUUAGUUGCUAAAGCAAGCCAAGUCAGCAACUGCCAUUGCCACUCCAGUGUGCACAGGGUAUCUGGCAGUCGUUCACUCGCCACUGGGCACACUAUAAUUCACUGUUGUUGUUUUUGUUUAUGCGCUGCCUUGCUUGGGCCUGGGGCGCUGAUUGCCUUAAAAGUGUCUUCGCUUUGUGUCCGCUGGGCGAGGGGUGCCUGAUAGAGGGGGGGCGGGAAGGGGAGCUGCGUAAACUGUCAACCCUUUUCCUGCAUGGA